AUGCUUCGGUGGAUAAGUCAAAAACUCGCCAUGUCAGCCGUCCCAAGGCCUAAAGUGAUUGUGAUUGCCGGAACGACAGGAGUAGGCAAGUCUCAGCUUUCAAUUCAGCUCGCCUCCCGCGUCUCCGGCGAAGUUAUAAAUUCAGAUUCCAUGCAGGUGUAUAAAGAUAUUCCUAUCAUCACCAAUAAGCAUCCAAUUGAAGAAAGAGAGAAUGUAGCGCACCAUGUCAUGAAUCAUGUUAGUUGGGAUGAAGAAUAUUUUCUCCAUCGUUUCGAAAAAGAGUGCCUCAACGCUAUCAAAGACAUUCAUUCUCGGGGGAAGAUCCCUAUAAUAGUUGGCGGGACGCACUACUACCUUCAAAUAUUACUCGAAAAGCGUAUCGAGAAGAAAACUAGAGCUUUACUUCCCGAAGAACAAGCUAUAUUAGACAGCAACGAGCCUCACCAACUAUACUCGAUGCUAAAAGAAGUCGACCCAGAUAUUGCAUCGAAGUAUCAUCCUAACGAUAUUAGAAGAGUGAGAAGAAUGCUUGAAAUAUACUUUACUACAGGUCAAAAGCCUAGCCAAGCUUUUUCGGAACAAAAGCAAUCGCUUGUUUUCGAUACACUUUUCUUGUGGGUAUAUAGUUCACCUGAAGUGCUUGAAGGAAGGCUUGACAAAAGAGUUGAUGCUAUGAUGGAGAGUGGCGCACUCAAUGAAAUACGACAGCUCCACGAGUACUACAAUUCCUGUAAUUACAGCGUUGACAAAUGCGAAAAUGGUGUAUGGCAGGUUAUUGGGUUCAAGGAAUUUUUACCUUGGCUCGAAAACGCAGAUGGCUCUUCUUUUUGCGAUUCAGUAGACCGCAUGAAAGUGAGGACCCGGCAGUAUGCAAAAAAGCAAGUCAAGUGGAUCAAAAAGAUGUUACUACCAGAUGUAAAGAGCCACUUAUAUGCGUUAGAUGCAACUGACCUCAACCAUUGGGAUGAAAAUGUAUCUCAACGAGCAUUUUCAAUUGCAGAUAGUUUCAUUUCAAAUCGAAUCAUUGAAGAACCCUUUGUUCCCCCCAGCCUCGAAGACGUUGUGAAGAACAAUGACACAGAAUCAAACAGCCCCAAAACAGCUGGGGAUUGGAGUCGCCAGCAAUGCGAUAUCUGCCGAGACAAGGACGACAAUCCCUUAGUUGCCAUUGGAGAGAAGAGCUGGAAUAUCCAUCUUAAAAGCAGACGACAUAGGUCAAAUUUGUCCCGCAUAAAAAAGCGUGAGAACCUAGAACUCUGGAAAAAGAAGAAAGCAAAGGAGAUUUGCGCCGACGAAAAAGAAGCAGUUUAG